AUGAACGCAGCAGCAGCAGAAGGCUCCAAGGCCGCUCCUCCCAAGUUCAAGCAGAAGGAGACCAGGCAGUUCAAGAGCAAGGCUCCUAAAGCUGGACAGAAGGGGUUUGACAAUGAUGUACCAGGGAUGGAUGGUCUUGGAGACUCUGCAGUGGUCUGCCCCUGGGAGGCGUUCGGUGACAUGGAGCUGAGUGACCUGGCCCAGUUUGGCAUCGUUUAGACCUCAUGCCAAAUGGAAACAGUUUAUUCCUGGUGGCUGCAUUCCAGCAGUUUUGUUGCUCUCCUCAUGAAUUCUCCCCCAUUUUGAGUGCGGAGUGGAGCCUGACAGUGGUACCAUUUAAGAAUGACUGAUGAGUGGAGAGGGAUUUUCUCUCUCUCCCCUCGAUAAGUGGAGGAAGAAGCUCUUGGACAGCAGCCCCCAAGAAUGAAUCCUCUCCUGUCCUGGGCCAUUACACCUCAGCACCUGGAAGUUUUAGCAUCUAUCUGAGCUUAAUAUUGUCUUUGAUUACAUCUGAAUGAGAUCUCAGGAAGACCUUAUUGUCCUGUGUAGCCCAGCACCUGUGUAAAAGUGUAACACACUGUACUGCUGCUUGGGUUUAACUAUAGGGAUGAUUGGUGAACAACUGGGAAUCAACACAUGUGUCACUUAGAGUGGGUAGAUUAUCUCAAAUCCAAAAGCAAGUCACUGAAUUCACUGUAAAUAAUGUAUUGUAAAUAUCCAUAUAUCUUCUUUCUUUCCAUCUUUCUUUCUGUCUGUAUUUAUCCAUGUAAUCACAUCAAGUAGAGUU